AGUCUAAUCGGGGCCCUAAAACCAGUGACAGCCGCCGUCGUCGUGGACCCUCGGAUCCGCAGGGCGCAGCCUUUCUCCCGUUUCACGCCGGAAGCAGAGCACCGCGCAACACCGCAUCAUGUCGGGCGCGGUGGCGGCGGCGCGAGUGCUGCCGAAGGCGGUGACCUUCGUGACGGGCAACGCCAAGAAGCUGGAGGAAGUCCGUGCGAUUCUCGGCUCCUCCAUCCCCUUCCAGUCCCUCAAACUCGACUUGCCUGAGUUGCAAGGUGAGCCAGAGGACAUAUCUAAAGAGAAGGCCCGAAUGGCUGCAUCUCAGAUAAAUGGCCCUGUACUUGUCGAGGACACCUGUCUAUGUUUCAAUGCGCUCAAAGGUUUGCCAGGGCCCUAUAUAAAAUGGUUUCUAGAGAAGAUUGGGCAUGAAGGUUUGAACAAUUUGUUAAUAGCUUAUGAAGACAAGUCAGCUUUUGCUAUGUGCAUCUUUUCGCUUGCUCUUGGACCAGAGGAGGAACCGAUCACAUUUGUUGGAAAAACAGCAGGGAAAAUUGUACCUGCCAGAGGCCCUGCUGAUUUUGGAUGGGACCCUGUAUUCCAACCAGAUGGAUUUGAACAAACGUAUGCUGAGAUGCCCAAGUCAGAAAAGAAUGAAAUAUCUCAUAGGGCGAGAGCUCUUGCACUGGUGAAAGAGCAUUUCGCUUCUGCCAAUUAUGAAGUUCAGAGUGGCUUGAAUUCGUUUUCAAGCACCAAAUGAGCAAAAGAUUUCGUGUUAGAGAAUCUUCCAAGCUCUCUCUAUAUGUACUCGUUUCUCCUGCAACUUUUGGUGACUGUUAUGAUCAGAUUGUGGGUGUACUGAAUUUUUGUCAGAUGAUGUUCUAGAUGAAUUUUU